CAGGAAGUGAACGUGGAAAAGACGUGGCACAUAAACACAGGAAAGAAGAAGUCGCUCCAGGUUUAUGAUGAUAUCCUCCAGUACUGCUUUGACCAGGCAGUUUACAUGACAGCGUACAUCAUCACCUAAAACAUACGGAUCGUGAUUAAUGUCGGUGUGACAGCUCUUGUGGCUAUGGGUCUCUGCAAGUGUCCCAAGAGAAAGGUGACCAACUUAUUCUGCUUUGAACAUCGUGUGAACGUGUGCGAGCAUUGCCUUGUUUCUAACCACAACAAGUGCAUCGUGCAGUCUUAUCUGCAGUGGCUUCAGGACAGCGAUUACAACCCAAACUGUUCUCUGUGCAAUAAUCCACUGAACACACAAGACACAGUCCGACUGAUCUGCUACGAUGUGUUUCAUUGGGCGUGUCUUAAUAGCUUGGCAUGUCGGCUGCCCCUCCAUACGGCCCCAGCAGGGUACCAGUGCCCCACCUGUCAGGGUCCAGUAUUCCCACCGUCUAAUCUAGCCAGCCCGGUGGCUGAUGUGCUGAAACAGCAGCUGUCAUCUGUCAACUGGGCUCGGGCUGGUUUAGGGCUACCACUGAUUGAAGAACCUGUCAGGACCCUUGAAGAGUCCAGAGCUAAUGAUGUCUCUGAUUACACAGACUGGUCAACAUUUGAUGCCCAAGAAAACAAUGAGCUGUACCCCAGUCAGUCUUUCAACACCAACCUCAGCCCACUGCCUGUCCCACCUUCAGCACAGGACGACGUCGGAGGGCUUCAUAAAAAUGGGGAUCCAAAAAUAAAGGAGCACUCCGUGAUAAACUUCACUACAACUGCUGCCAGUGACACAGUAACAUUACACACAGCAUCAUCACCGAGAAAGGUCUACGACACACGGGACGCUGCUUACAGCUCGGUCACACAGAUUGACUUUGACGAUGACAAGUACCGGCGGCGACCGGCGCUGAGUUGGUUUGCGCAGAUUUUGAAGAAUCGUAUCGGUGGAAAGCGGACAUCUCUUUCCUGGAAACAGCGAGUCUUCAUGCUUCUUUUGGUUGGAGUUCUGGGAUUCUUCACACUGAUCAUCAUCAUGGCUAAACUUGGACGUGCCUCGGCCGGUUCAGACCCCAAUUUAGAUCCCCUUCUUAACCCCAACAUUCGUGUGGGCAAAAACUGAUGAGAGCUUUAAACCUCCAUAAAGUGACUGAAGUGGGACCUUCAAAAACACUACCUGCCCAGCAGAGGGCGCUGUUUACUCAACUUUAAGAGACUGGUUAGCCAGUCUGAGCUGGCCAGGACCUUUCAGAGUGUAAACAAACAUUCAUGGCACCAUUCAGCAGUUCUCCUGUGAUCCACAAACUAACAGUGACCAACAGAAUUUAUUUAUCCAGUUAUUGUUGCUUUAAUGAGGGGAAAUACUUAAUUCUGGUAACAUUUUGAGUGAAAUUUGAGUUAAAUGGUUUUGUUUUUUCUAAAUACAGCGUUGAUGUUGAGGAAACAUGCAACUCAUGCAAGCAGAAGUGUCAGCGUGUCCUACACUGUUUGCAGCGGAACAAUGAAACAGUUUGAACCCGCUGGUGUGAUGUGAUGUCUGGAGUCAGACAUAUUCUACAUGUGCUACACUACUAUGAGCAUCAGAAUUCCUUCUAAAAAAACAGAGUGGUUUGGCUUUAGCUUUUCCAGAUAAACUGUAUGCACAUUUUCUUGAAUUUUUUGACUGUACAUUAAACGGGAGAUAUAAAA